UAUUCGUUGCUUGUAGAGAGAGCACGAAUAUAAUGACAAAAUAAAGGAGAUAUUUAAUGAAUAACCUGUAUAAUUUUAGGUAAAGUAAAUUGGUUUUGUUAUAACGUAAUGAGUUCACAAAUAAAAAAUGACGAAGCUGCAGAGAAGCCCAAAUCUUCGCUCGGAGUCCGUCACCUUCAGACGGUGAUGUUAUUCUUUGCCAUGGUCAUCGCGUACGGUAUGCGGGUCAACAUGAGUAUCGCCAUUGUUGCUAUGACAGACUCGAGCAGGGAGGAUACCUUUGAAUGGAGCAUGCAGACACAGAGCGUUAUACUAUCAUCAUUCUUCUGGGGUUACGUCGUGCUGCAGAUACCCGGUGGGGCACUGGCUGCGAGGUUCGGCAGCAAGAUACUGCUGCUACUAUGCAUUGGUAUUAACUCUGCGGCGUCGUUGUUGGUCCCUGUUGCGGCUUAUUAUGGAGACUGGCAGUCUGUGUGUGCCUGUCGCGUGGUCCAGGGUCUAUCUCAAGGAUUCCUCUUCCCUUGCACGCACAACUUGAUCGGGAAAUGGGUACCCUUGGAAGAAAAGAGUCGGCUUGGUGCAUUUAUGUAUGCAGGAAGUCAGUUAGGCACAGCUCUGCAAUCCAUGGCGGCGGGUUACAUCUCCGAGUACUGGGGAUGGCCCUUCAUCUUUUACUCCACCGGAGCGCUCGGCGCGCUGUGGACUGUGAUUUACGCCUUCCUGGGAUCUAGCUCGCCGCAAACUUCGAGAAUCAUUAGUGCCCACGAGAAAAGCUACAUUGAGCACUCUUUGGGACAUGUUGGUCAACAACAGAAGCUGAAAACGCCUUGGAAGUCGAUAGUGACGUCAGUUCCAUUCAUAUCGCUGAUCAUAGCGCACUGCGGGCAGAACUGGGGUUUGUGGACUCUGAUGACUGAGACUCCAUCGUACAUGGGCAACGUGCUGGGCGUGGACAUCAAGUCUAACGGCCUGAUGUCAGCUGCACCAUAUCUUGGCAUGUUCAUUAUGAGCUUCCCCGUUGGAUAUAUUUCAGACUAUGUUCUGAAAAAGAAAUGGCUCAGCGUUACAGCCUCUAGAAAAAUUAGCAACUCCAUUGGAAUGUACGGUCCAGCCACAAUUCUUAUCAUACUGAGCUAUGUGCGUGCCAGCACGACUGCUGCCGUCUGUCUUCUCACUCUGACUAUGGUGCUCAAUGCUGGUCAUUACGCUGGCUAUUUGUUGGUGCAUAUAGACAUGGCGCCAAACUUCGCCAGCAUUCUGAUGGGGAUCACUAACUUCUUCGCCAAUAUCAUCGGCAUCAUCGCCCCGCUGGUCGCCGGAGCCAUCAUCAAGGAUGAGAAUAACGCGGAUGAUUGGCGAAACGUGUUCUAUCUGUCGUCAGCGGUGUACAUAGUGUUCAAUACUGUAUUCGUCAUCUUUGGCUCCAGUGAGACACAGCCGUGGAAUGAACCAGAAGAAGGGAAUCACAAAGAAACCGGUAUUGCAAAUGAUCUAAAUCAAGAUAAGGAGCACGUGUUGCAUAAAAUUUAAUGUAAAAUGUUUAUUUUUUAUUUUUUAAAUAAAAUGCUGCAAUUUUUA